AUGGAGGUCGAUUCGGACGCGCCCUCCCACAAACGUCUCCGUUUGGACUCGGUCACCCCAACCACAACUACGUAUAACGGCCUUCCCUUCCCUCCUCACACGCAGCCUCACUCUCAACCUAACCCUCCGCUUCGACAUCAUUCCGUCACGGCCUCUCCGACCACUCGCCAGUACCCUGCCCAUAGCUUGCCGCCGCCGCCACCGCCGCCGCCUGCUCCAUCACAAUCCUAUCCUCCACCGCAUUCGCAAGGUCCUCCACCAGCACAUCAUCAACAACAGCAACAACAACACCAUCAACAACACCAUCAACAGCAACACCCUCCUCCUCCUCCUCCAGGACCUUCCCCAGGAUCCUACCAGCCUCCCGCACCCUCGCCGUCCCUCCCUCCCACCGAUCUGCGCUCCUAUCAGGAUCCCAGGACUAUACCAUCGCCGGGCCAGCGCACCCAUGGCGCUCCUCCGGUGACACAUCCUAACAGAACCCCAACAGUUGCCCAGGAUUCUAUCAACGACUACUCCUCGCGUCCAGGUGUCACCCCUCGCUCUUCUGCGCCCGAUAUCCCAAGCUCGCGCCCAGCGAGCGUUGAAACGAAACCACCGGUAAUGGAUCAUGGCAAUCACCAAGCACAAUGGUCGACACCAGACCACCGCCCCAGCGUAACCUAUAGCAAUGGUUACCCAGCCCCCGCAGUCGUGAGCCCUCCACACCCACAUGAUCAGCAAUUUCAUACCCCACCUCUUCCUCAAGCCCAGCACUAUGGCCAGCCAGUACAGGCCUAUACGCCGGGUCCCUACAUGCCAGGCCCUUCUGGGCAGUAUGCUGGACAAGGUCAGAUCAGGCGCAAGCAGGUUCGAGCUACACAAGCUUGCAACCACUGUCGUUCGCGUAAACAGAAGUGUGACGAGGCAAGGCCGUGCCAGUUUUGCCGGGAGAACAACUUCGACUGCCAGUAUAAGGAUGUCCCACCACCAAAGCAGGACAGGAGUAUGAUGCAGCUUCAAGAUAGUGUGAGCAGCAUCUCGUCGACACUCGAGAAGUUCAUUGAGAGAUUCGGCGCCUUUGAACGAGCAGUAGAGACUCGACUUCAAGGACAAACAUUCAAGCAAGACGACCAGAUGUCGAUGUUAUCUCAUCCUUCCCCAGAACAAAGCUACGGAAUGCGGGCAUCCUUCAGCCAUCCAGGUGGUACGAGAAUGCCAACGCCAGUGCAGGGACGAGGGCAGCUGCACAGAGUUAAUAGCAUGAAGACCGAGUCUCCAGUCGUGGCUAAUUCCAACAUGUCUCCUAUAGCUGCACAUGCGUCGACCCCCAUUAAACAGGAAGCUAUGCUUGCUGCUCCGCAGCCCCCGGCCACUCCAGCGGACAGCGUGAGAACCGACCAAACGAGCACCGCACAAGACAACAAGGAAAAGACGGGUUUGCAGGGGGAUCACACCACUCCAGCCCACCAGCUGCUCUACGACUGGACCUCGAUGAAGGAGUUUUGUGAUGGAGUUGAAACUAUCACAAAGCUCAAAAACGCGGGCUACAAGGUCUAUGACUAUCCAAUGCAAUUGGAACGAUCGCGUGGUCUCGUCCGUGUCUGGGGUGUAGGCGAGGGUCUUGAUCAGAAUGACGGGGCCCAGGGUCCAGGAAGCCCCGACAGUCACGAGUCUGGAGACUCACCCUCUCCAGCAUCUGGCGGCGAGGGCCUUUGGGGCCCAGUUGAGCCGUCAAGUCCCAGCACAAUGAGCGCUGAUUCCGACAAAUCGGACGACAGACUUCCCGGUGGUUUGGAUGCUGAUGGCCGUUUGAAGCUUGACUCCGAGACGUUGAACAGGCUUCUCAACUCCUAUCACACACAUAUCCAUACUCUCCAUCCAUUUCUGAAUCCGAGCAAAUUGAGGAGAAUGGUCAAGGAAUUUGGGAACAUGUAUAGCCCUGACGCAAAGCCUGGCAAUGCACACUCCCCUAAUUCCGCAGCGCACGCAGGAUUGAAGAGGAAGCGAUCAGGAAGUACUUUCCUUGAUCCUCAUUCGGCGAACAGAGAAAGGUCGCCCGAUAUGAUCGAAAAGUCUUUGAGGAAUGCCAUUGUUCUCCUCAUCCUUGCCUUGGGCAAGGUCUCGGAAUACCAGGGCCCAUUGCCCGCGCCUAUUCCCGAUAAAGACCCUAUCACUAACGUGUAUGGCGUUAAAGAUUCGCCUAACAACAGUUUCAGCAAUUGCGGAACGGAUUCGCGCAAGAGAAAUAUUGACAUUCUUCCGGGCAUGGCCUAUUUCAGCUAUGCGACUGAUAUCCUUGGCAACCAACAGGGGGGCAAUACUGUAGCGCAUGCACAGGCCAUGGUUCUCGCUGCUCUGUACCUGGCCCAGUACGCACGAGUUCUCGAAAGUUGGAGUUGGAUCAACAACGCCUGCAGAGUCUGUUUGGUGCUGAUUAAAGCCGACAUGUCAAAGAUCAACCGUUCGAACGUUAUAGGCCCGAUGAACCAGGCGAACAUGCCACAACAGCCGCAGCUGCCACAACAAGAGCUCUUCCGACUGAACUUGGUAAAAUGCAUCUACUGGACAUGCUUGCAGCUCGAAACCGAUAUUCUAGCGGAGAUGAGCAAUCUUCCUCCUACUGAUGUUUCCAAGUACCAGGAAGACGUCUCAUACCCGUCGGGCGUCUUCGAGAAACUCCCAGAAGACAUGCCAUACAACGAAGGAACUCAUCAUGAGAAGACAAUGUGGAUAUAUUCCAGCCAGAUUCACUUGCGCGUUAUCCUGAACGAAGCGCAUAAUACUCUAUACGGCAACGGCGGCCGGAACAGGCCCAGCUUGGAUGCAAAUAACCUGAAAGAAGUAGCCGUCAAGGCAACCGUGCACGCGGAGAUUCUGAGGAGCUGGAGAUUGCUGCUUCCCCCAGAUCUAAUCUGGGAUGACGAGGACCCCCCAUCAGAGGACUUGAAUAUUGCACGACUACGCGCAAAGUUCUACGGAGGUCUUUAUAUGAUUUUGAGGCCGUUCUUGGACAUGGCUGUUCACGAGAUGGAGCUGCCACCAGGCCCACCGAGAUCUUCUUCAGUAUGGUCAUCACAGACCAACUCGCCAGCGAUGGCCAACGACUCAGUAGCAACGCCUACGACCCAACAUUCGAACAGGGCCAGUUUCGUGGAUUUGACUCCCGAACAGAGCGAAAUCUUGAAAGUAGCAGGAGAGUGCGUUCAAAGCGCAAUGCGCAGCACAAUUGCGUUCGACCGUGUUGGCGCGGAUCCAAACACGCCUUACAACGAAUACUAUGAUACGCCAAAACGUCGUCUCAUUCUUACGAACAUCUUUGGUACAUUACAUGCUCAGUUCGGAAACAUGAUAGUACUCGCAGCAGUGUAUAAGAACGAAAAGCUUCGACAGCAUUUGCCAGCCAACACGCAGUUCACAAAGCGCACGCUGAGUCUACUGUUCAGGCGGACCAUACUCAUGCUCAAAGAAGUUAAACCCAAUUCACCAGUGCUCAGCGUCGACGCCGAUAUCCUGGAAAACGUGCAGCGCAUUUUACGACUCGAUUGUUGUUAG